AUGAGCCAAGAAAAGAUCGCAAUUAAACUCUCUGAGUUAGAGAAGGAAAUGGAGGCCCUGAAUGCUAUUUUAAACAAAACAUUAAAGGUAGAAGGUGAAGAAGAACCUCUGGCACAACUACACAUGGCUGAAGAACACAAACACAGUUCAACUGCAAAAGUGAGUAAUAAGCAAAUCACUGAAAUUACGCAUGGCCACGGUUUCUGUGGAAGUCUAAGGCAUGGGUCGCAUGGUUCAGAAAAGAGUGAUAAACCAAGAAAGUGCAAGUCUGAUAAACCGCAAGCCGGUACCGAAAAGGGGACAAAACAGCAGUGUACCGCCUUGGUUCACCAGCCGCUGGAAAGCUCUAGGCCUCAGUCUGUUCUAGACGAUGUACCAGAGGAGGAAGACUCUACAUUUGCCGCAGCAAAGACCACGGAUCACAAACCUAUGCGGAACAAUGUUCCGAAUGUAGAUGUUGCUACUGCACCGAACGGGGUUACCAAGGCACAUCGUGUGCCCUCGCAGAGCUCUUCGUCCUCUUUUGCGGCCACCGACUUCACGUUGCCCCUGCAGCUCGAAAAGCACGACAGCAGGGCCAACACCGACAAAGCAGGCCAUAGACUAAGAUUCAGCCCCGAAACAGUUGGAGGACACGAAACAGAACCCGACCUCUCGAUGCUUCAGAUCGCAAAGCGCAGGGAUAUCCCGACGUCACUCCCCUCCUCUCAGGGCACCGAUAGACCUCUCCAACGUCGUUCCGCAAACCCCUUUCGCGUCGUCUCCGUUGGUGGAACUAGCUGCACCUCGUCUCGCAAAAGCUCUAAUCUUACCGGUAGCGCCAAGUCACCAUGCAACUCCUCUGGUAACUGCCCAGGCGCCAACGCCACUGCUAGUGAGGACUACUCUCUUAUGAAGCUACAGCGCAAGCACGAUUAUUUAACUAUGAAAUGCGUCAAGUUGUCGAAGGAAAUCAAGUACCUCCGCAACCUGAAGAAGAAUGGCUCUCUGUCAGUUGAAGAUAACCGCAAAUUAGGCGAAGCCGUCGACAAACUUCAGCACUAUCUCGAUCGCAAGGCCAAAGAAAAGUACGAAGUGGGCGUUUUACUCUCCCGCAAGCUCCGGAAGCAGAUCAACAACGGCUCAAAUGGCCAAUUCUGGGUAGGUGCGAAGUAA